GCAGCCAGGCUCUUGCUGACAACUUUUUCUGAAAUUUUGUAUCUUUAUAGAUUGUUUUUAGAAAAGAAAGCAAGUCACACAUUUUGAUUAAUCUAUCUUAGUAGGCCGGAAGGUUUAUCUUGUGGAACCGUUUAAGGGCAACCAAACUGAAUAGGUUGGUUGGCCGAGAUGUAUCAUGCGACGAAGCUGAAGAGGUUAUAUGGAGCUUGAAAAUUACAAAUGCUAUGGAGGAUUUUGAAGUAUAAGCCAGGACAAUGGCACAUACGAAAAGAUUAUCGAGGUCCAACUCGGAGUCAAACUUGUCCGAUCGAUGCAUUCAAAGGAUUACACGAUCCAAGAGUCUAGGUGAUGUGCAAUAUUCAAGAGCACUGGAGGAACAAUGGCGAGAAGAACUUUCUUAUCUAAAGGGCAAUCUUGAUCAAGAACGCCGGAAGAUCUCUCAAUUACAACGGGAGAAUGUUGCAAAGGUUAGCGAAGCACGGAAUUUGGAAAUCCAGGAAUCCAUUGCUGCUCAAAAUGACCUUGUUUAUGAAAUGUCGAUUGAAAAGGAUAAAGAAGUAAAACAAAUCAAAGACAGUGCAAGGAAUUAUAUGAAUGAAAAGUUAACUGAAUUGGAGGAAAGAAAGAAUGAAGAAAUUAGAAGACAGAGAGAAGAGUUUGCAUACGAGAAAGAAGAGCUAAUCAACAGCUUAGCUGCAAGAUUUCGUGAAGAAGCGCGAUCUGAGAUAGGCGAUGAGUUUGAAAUUGCAAAGAGGGAUCUAGAAAUAGAUUACUUCAGAUUGGUUUCUGAGAAUAAAAAGUUGUAUGAAGAUUUAAAAAUUGCCAAGGAUGGUGAUAGAAACAAAGCAGAAGAAAUUCGUAGGCUUUAUAAAGAAUAUAACCAAAUUGUUGCAAACUUGAAAAAAGACGCCUCCCAGGACAGCCGGCGACAGAUGUCCGAGAUGCGAGAAAUGCAGAAGAUAAUCGCAGAAUUGGAGAAAAAGCUUGGCUUAGAGUCAGGUACUUGUUUAAAAUUGCAAAUGGAAAAAGAAUCUCUGGACGAAGCAUUGUCAAGGUUGAGACUUGCUGAUUCAUGGGACAAACGAAUCUCAAGAGCAAAUCUUCGAGGAGUUGGUGACAUUGAAAUCGAGGCUGCAUAUGGUCCUUUUGUUUCCUCAAGACAACUCUCCAAGGCACAUAAUAGCCCAGAAAAAGUGCUGCAACGCAAAGUUCUGGAAAUGACGUCACUCAUCCGCAGACUAGAUGAAUCCAACCAACAGCUGGCAGAGCGGAAUCAACAACUGAUAGAUGAAAUUGAGAACAUGAAAAACGAAAGACAGCCGACGGAACAAAAGGUGAAAAGAUUAGGGGCAAAGAACAUGGAACUGGUACAAACGAACCGGCGGCAGGAGACAAGACUUGUGGAGCAGCAGGAAGAGAUUUUAUCCUUGAAAGCCAAAUUGAAGACAUAUGAUGAAGUAUUUCACAGAAAAGACAAAGAAAUCUCAAAGCUGAAAACGAAAGUUCAGGUUAAAAAUGAAAUCGAAAACCAACAAGAAGAAAUUGAAACGCUACAAGAGGCUGUACAGGAGCAGCUACAGAUUAUUUAUGAUUUACGACAGCAGGCCGUUGAAAAAGAUCGUCGUAUCGGCGUACUUCGCGAGAGGAUGCAAAAGAAACAGUCAAGGAGAAACCGCAAGGAUCGUGGACGAAAAUCAACUUCACCCGACAGUCUGGAGAGUAUUUCCAUGGAAGAAGAUGGUUUCUCUACAACUUCUGAGAGCAUAAAUGAUGUCAAUGGAAAUGAUCUUGAGGUAUCCUUCGAUAGCGAUGGGAGAAAGCAUGUAGAAAAUGAAAAUUACAACCAACUUAUGAAAGAAAGAAUGGAAAUGGAAAGAGCAUAUGCGCUAUUACAGCAGCAGGUUGGUGGUCACCUAGAUCCAGAAAGAACUCAGCUGCAAAUCGACGCAAUUCAGUCAGACCUGAUUGUUGCUCAAGCGAAAAUCCAAGAUCUAGAAUGGCAGCUCGAAGAGGCUCAGAAAGAUGCCCAAGAGGUGAAGUUACAGCGGCCUGGCAAAUUUGUAGAUGAUUUCAAGGAAGAACGAGAAAGGUUAAGAAAUACAAACAAAGUUCUCCACGAAAAGCUCAUCGGUGCUGAGUCGGAAGCUCUCUCUAAGACAUUGGAAAUAAAGCGUUUGUCUCAGGACCUGGCAGAUGUGGAGGAGCAAAGGGACCUUCUUGAAUUUAGAGUCGCUGAAUUAGAAGAAAAAACAAGGGCCAAAUCUCCUGAAUUCGAAUCUUGGCAGUUGACUGAUGAUGACAAACUGAAUUUGAACCAGGAAUCUGAAGAAAUUGACUUUGAUGCUGUUUCAAUAAGAAUUGCAUUGAAGGAAUUGGAGAUAAACAAGCAAAGUGUAUUUUCAAGAAAAGAGAAGAAUACUGUCAUUAAAGCCAUGGACUUCAUUGAAAAAGAAGAAAAGGAACUUCGCUCUUACGAAUCCAGUGAGCAGCGUCUUCUGAAAAGAGUGAGCGACCUAGAAGGAAAGUACAACUCUCUAAAGACGAAAAUUGGCGAAAAGGACAACGAACUUGCCAUGCUACGGGCCGAAAAGAGCAAAUCAGAAGAGCAAAAGUUGAUAUCAACAGACGAAGCUUUUGACGGUGAAGCAGAAGAAAUGGAAAACGACUGCAAUCAUGUAGCAGACGAUCCUGUAGUGGCAUUGGAUAAGGCGUUGCAAAAAAUUACAGACAUGGAGAUGAAAAACAGCCUUCUAAAACAGAAACUCGAUCGAUAUGUAAAUGAAAAGAAAGCUGAGCUAUCAGAGGAUGAUUUAGAAGUGUUGAGGAAGAAAGUCGAAGAAUUAGAGGAAGUCAAAACGCGUUUGAAAGAAAUGGAGAAAGCAAAUGCAGAGCUUGAGUACCAAAUCGAAGAAGUUCGUAUUCAGAAGAAAGCCAAAGAUAUUAUUGGAGAUGUUAUGUACAAUUUACCCCAUUCACUGGAAGCUGAAAUUCAAAGCCUUGACGAAGAAAAAAAAUUAUUAUCAGCAGAAUUGGAAGAACUACGGACAAGUUCAAAGGAAAUACAGCCACUGGCCAGAAAGACAGAAAUCCAGGUGAAAGAAGAGCGCUCUACACAGACAGACUCUGUUGAUGACACGCCAUGGCAUAAGUACAUGUCCCCUCGAUCUGAACGGAGUUUGUCAAGAAACGACAGCGGAUUGACACCUAGAUCGCAAGUUGAUGAAGCUACACAGAUGCCAAGAGUACGCGAACCAACCCAAAAACCGGAUAAAAUAGCGUUUGAAGAGCACUUGAAAUCAGCGCCUCAUCACAAGGUUUCAGACGAUUUUGACUUCGACAUCAUUCCAUCCGCGGACGACAAAUAUGUUUCAAAUUUAACAGAAUCCAGCAUCAAAACGGAAAUGUUUAAUUCGUCUGUCGAAUCUCUCUUUCAAUUCGUCGACCGAAUUCUAGAAGAGGCCACGAUACGCGCAAAAGAGACUAUAAAAGAAGAGUACAGCAUGGUUUCCCCAACAUUACAAUCUCCUGAUAAUGACCCAGCUGGUUUUCAUUUAGCUAAUGGACCCGGAGAAAUGCUUGAUAUAUAUCUGGAGCAUUACAAUAAGGUCCAGAAGUCACCCAUCAAUAAAGGACACUCGUCAGUAGAAAAUUACCGGUCCGAAGAUGCCAGAAAUUCACCAGAAUACGUCGAGGUUGAUAUCCCAGAAAUCAGGAAUUCUUCAACAUGUUUCAGUCCUGAUUUCGAAUUUGACCCUCUUCAAAUCGAAACUUCUUCAGUAGAUGAAAACUCGUGCCCAAGACAGUCGCCUCCAGAAGGAAGCAUAAAUUUGCUAGCAGCUCAUACCAUUAGUUGUGAGCAUGAAGAAUAUAGAUUGAAUUUAGGUGUCGAUGGAUCCAGGGUAGAAGAUAGCGAUUCUCGAAAUACAGAAGAAAUUAAAAGCGCUUUGCCUAAAAACUCACAGGUGCCAGACAUAGCUGAUAGUAGGAGAGUACAACAUAAUCGAACACAGUCUUCGCAAAGUGUUGCGUCAGAUGACGUAAACGAAUUGCUCGCAUAUGGUGCUCUGCUGCGGCAAGGAAACGACAAUAAUGUUUCUGAUUCACCAGCAGAAGUUACCCUUGUGAAGGAGCCUGAAGCGGUGUGUGUUGAUUAUGACGAAAGUUUUGCCGUGGAAAACAGCACUGCUGAAACCAGUGGCGAUUUGACAAUAACCAACAUUAACGUGGAUAAUGAAGCUUUAAGUAAGAGUGGAACAUCUGUACCAGAGAAAGGUGAGUCUCAUCGCAUGGUUGACUUUUAUCGCAAGCUACCAGUUCCAAACUACGACUGUCAACGUUUAGAAAGUAGUAGGAGUUUCGACGAUAGUCUCGUUUUCAAUGCCAGUAACAUUGAUGCUGACAGCGAUUUUCCUAGCCGUCUAAACCUAACAGACGAUGGUAGUUAUCUGUCAAACUCAGAGAGGUGUUCUCCGUCUCCCCGCGGAAGAGCCUGCAGGCCUCGCAGCGUUCCAACGACGUACUGCCAAUUCUUAUCUACGCCUUCAGCUAGACAAAAACGGAGACAAUCUCGAUUUAUAAGCAGUCCAUUUUUGGAUGACGGUGACGGAACAAGGGAGCAAGAAAUGUAUAGAUCACGGUCUUUCUCACCAUCCAGUAGUAAGCGCCUAAGCGAUAGAAAGCGCCUAAGGUCUUGGUCGGCUGGGGAGGUACUUUCUGCUGACCGUAAAAGCGGAGGAAACAAACCACCCACGGCGCUGGAGUUAUGGGAUUCGGAAGCUAAGGAGAACCAUUUGCUGUCGUCUAACCGCCAUUCAAGCAUUAAGCGAUCUAAAAGCAAUCCAGUUAUGUACGAGGGUAUCCAAAGUAAGGCCGAAAGAAGUCAAAUAGGCACAAGAAGAGCCUUCCCCCCUCCUCCGGUGAUGCCAAAGCCGUCAACAAAAAGCCAGCUUCAACGUCAGACUGAUCUGCAGACGUCAGACCGAUCAAGGAAAGGAGUCUGGGACGAGAGUGAUGCAUUGAGGAAAGAGCUGAGCAUGAUGAAAGAAGAAUGUGCGUCGUUGGAGCGACAGAUCCAGAAUAAAGACACCAUUAUGAGAACUAUGAAGGCUGAGCUAAAGGAAGAGGUUGAAAACAUUGCACUUCUUGAGAAAAAAGAAAAGAUGAUUCAAGAAAAAGCAGAAAGCAAUGCUCAACUUACUCAAGAACUACAAAGAUGCCAGAAAGAGCUAGAGGCAAGGAAGGGAGAGAUCAAUCGCAAGGAUCUAGAGAUAUCUCAGCUUAAGUCUGAAGUCAGAAAUUUGGAAAUUUCUAAGAAGCAAACCGAGCAAAAUUUUACUGAAGUGCAGGUGCAAGUGACUGAGUUCCAGGUUAUUCAAGAAAAACUCGCUGAUGUACAGGAAGAGCAUGAUAAUGUUAUGCUGAAGAACAGAGAGCUUAUAGAAAGGAUAAAACAUUUGGAAAUCGCAGAAAAGGAUUUCAUUGAUUUGGAGAGAAACGUCAUUGAUUUGCAGGAGCAACUGCGCGAUAUGGAAGACAUCGAGGCUCAUCGUGACGAUCUCUUGAGCAAAUUCCAAAACUUAAAAAGGCAAAGAGAUGAGUUUUUGGAGAAAGGACGAAUGGUUGAAGAAGAGAGAAACGAUUUCUUGCGAACAAACCAAACUAUGGAACAGCGUUUAGAAGAAUUUAAGAAAAAAUACAACAACAUGAGAAAGCAAAAUGGAGACCUUAAUAGAACGAUUCUGGUUCUCGAGCGAGAGAAAAAAGAUUUGGAGCAGAAGAUCCUUGAUAUUCAAAAUGAUCGCAACAUUAUGCAGACAGCUCUUGGUAAACUCGAAGUUGAAAGAGACGAUUGGGUUAGAGAAGUGAAAGAGGUUACAUCCGAACGAAACAUUUUGGAGCAGAAGUUAACAGAGAUGGACGAUAUGUUAAGCGAUCACGACCACCUUGAAGAAGGCUUCCAUAGCUUGCGAUUGAAGCUUGCUGAAAUCACGAGACAGCGCGAUGAUGCAGAGAUGCUCAUACCAUCUUUAAAGGCAAAAAUUGCAUUGUUAAAGAAAUCAUGCAGAGAAAAAGAUGAGACAGUGACUCGUUACAUGGAGGAACUUAAGCAAUUCAAACACCAUAUGGUAGGAACUAAAGGAUCAGUGGUGAAGGGUCGAGUUUACGAACCGGUUCCACAGCAUGACUCCAGAAACAGAAAUACUUCAUCAUACUUCACAAAAAGUAGACGCGAAGAGAGUUUUGCUACCAAGGGCCAUAAAGUCGAUUAUAAUUUGUCAGACGAAAGUGUCGUAUUGUCCGAAGAUGAUCGAACAAUCACUGAUGAUGGUAGUCUCGCCGACUAUAGAGGGCAGUCCGACAGACGAUACCUCACAUCGAAUCGCACUGUACACGUAUACGAUAAAAGUAUCCGACCUUCAGGUAGACGAAGGACAUACAAGGCUCUUUACGACUACGACCCAUACAAAUCAAGUGGAUCCGAGCAUCCUGAACGAGAACUGCAUUUGAAGGAAGGAGACUAUAUCACUGUUUAUGGAGAAAUGGAUGUUGCCGGGUACCUGGAAGCAGAGGUUGAUGGUGAAACUGGUUUAAUACCAAGCAUAUACGUAGAGGAAAUGAGUGACGAUGGAAACUUUGCUUCACGAAGAAAUGAGACAAGAGAAGUUACGUCCAGUGGAUCUUACGGAGCUCGCCAACGAAAGUUCGUCUGCGUUUAUGACUACGACCCGUACACAAUGAAUCGGGGCGGUAGACCAGAUCAGCAGCUUAGUUUACGAAAGGGUGACGUCAUCACUGUUAUUGGUGAUGUAGAUAUCGAUGGUUACUAUUCCGCUGAAUUGAACGGGCGUAAUGGUUUGGUCCCUGCUACGUACGUACGUCAAAUAGGCGCCACGAACACUGGAUCUACGAACUUUGGGUCCUCGUCUUACGGAGGGCAGAAAACGUACGACUAUCAGACAACGAAAUCGUCUGAAUACAAGAAAAGCUCUGAUGGAAGAAGUGGAUCUAUUGACAUUAUACGUGAUGAUGUGGAAGGCCCACCGUUUCCACCUACGAACCUUAAAGUUUCGAGAAUAGUUGGAAAAGACUCGUUGAUUCUGACCUGGAAAAUGCCCCGGAUAGACAAAAACGGUAAAAGCAAUGGGGCGCUUGUCACUGGAUAUAAGAUUUGGGUUAAUGGCAAGCCUGUCCAGGAUGUCAAGAAAUACCUCAUGACCAAGGCGCUCGUUUCUGGUUUGAAUCUUCGAGAUAAUCUUCAAUUUGAUAUACAAACUGUUGCUGAAAACGGACUUUGUUCGGAGAAAUGUCACUACAACAUAUACGGAGCCGAUUCGUUGCGGAACCCUGAUUAUGAAGAUUUCUUCGUCAAAGCUGCUGGAAAUUAUCGAACGUUUAUUGCAUUAUUUGACUACGACCCAUACAAAAGUUCUCCAAAUCAAAACCCGGCUCUUGAACUUCAGUUCAGCGAGGGUGACUUGCUAAAAGUUUAUGACACAUCAAGAAGUGAUGGCUUUUACCAUGCUGAGGUACGUGGAAAGAAAGGUUUGGUCCCUUCGAAUUUCAUUGAAGAGAUCUCAAUGCCAGAAAAUAGCUAUUCUACAACGAGCAACAUGUACUCUUCAAGAGGAGGCAGCGAAUCCUUUUCGAGGUCGAUGCAAACGGGCAGAAGCUCGUAUGGACAAACAUCAUCAUCAUCACAGCAGCAAGGGCAAGAAUACGAGAAGCGGUCCAGCCUUUCAUCAACAAAUAAUGGCCGUAGAAGGAAAAUGGUAGCUGUAUACGACUAUGAUCCACUGAAGCAGUCACCUUCAAAGGACAAGUCUAAAGAGCUCAAUUUGAAAAAGGGGCAAUAUGUCACCGUUGUUGGAGAUAUGAGACCUGAUGGAUUUUAUUUUGGGGAGGCCGAUGGACGCCAGGGCCUGGUCCCAGGAGAUUUCUUAGAACCUUCAAAGGAUGAUGACAUGGAUUCAAGACGUGUGCAAUUUGCAGCAGGAGAUAAGUGAGCUGUUUUAGGAUCCAAAAAACCUUUUCAAAAAUCACGAUGAGUAAUGUCACAGAGAACUGCAUUUAGUGUACUUUUGUGUAGAUUCUACCAACGAGCAAUCUAGACAAUAUACAACUGAAAAUUUUCUGAAAGUAUGGAAGUUUAAACAUUUUGUUUUUAUUACAGUCUGGUUUUUAUAAUUAAGCGUAGCUGUUACUUGUCGUAUGUAAAUUUUUUCUAUUUAAAGUUGAACCAGUAUCUGUUUCCUUUUGUAUAUUCCUUCACCUUCCAUCUUCCUUGUUAUCAUUUUUGUCUGCAUAACUGCACCUCUUUGUGUUCGUUUGUAUUGACUUUAGAAACAAGAAUUUUGUUAUGUUGCCCUAGUGUAAAUACAACAUCUUGCAGCCAGUUUUAUUAAGGUCUGUGAAAUGUAAUUACCAUAGAUUUUAGGAUCCAGAAAGCAUUAUGAUGUGAAUUUCAUUUGAUAGGAACUGCAAGACAUGUUUCCAUCUUGGCCGUAAAUUUCCAGUCUAUAGAAUUUGGAGAUUUUUGUUUAAAGUGUAUUGGUUUAACCACAUUUGUUUAUGAUAAAGCCGUCUGAUGGAGGUAUGGUGUUUAGGCAGCUCUCACCCUUUAACGCCCAUAUGCAAAUAUUGUUUAGAGUUCAUGGACCUUGCUGGCAAUUUUUAUACUGCAUGUGAACAAACAUUUUCAAAAGAGACCCUAUCUCUAGUUACUUCAAAGCAUAAAUAAUAAACAAGCCAUUGCUACGAAUCAAUAUUUUACUUGCAAAUACUGAAAUAUCACUAGUAUAAACGCAAAGUAUUUCGAAAACAUUUAAUUUUAUGCCUGUUUUUAAGUUUUUUCGUUCUCUAUCUUGUAUUGUUUAUAAUAGGUAACUAAUUUUUGUGGAUGUGAUACACCAUGACUUAAAUUAUGUAGGAUUAAUACUCAAAUGAUAUUAGUUUGUGUAGUGUUAGGUUUAGCAUUAAUUACUGUACGAUACACCGAAUAAUUUAUUUAUGAUGCAUUGCCCAAUGCUCUUGAGGCAUCGAUAUAAAAUACGUCACAUAGA